AUGGGAGAUGGCAGAAGAUGGAGGAGGGCAGAUGGGCGAUGGAGGGAUCGGGACGUAACUUACGUGAGGAUUGUGACGAGACGUGGGGAUCGUUAUCUCCGUUGUGAGGUUGAUUAUGGGAUGAGGAGGGAGGGGAGGAGGAGGUGGAGGAGGUGGAGGAGGUGGAGGCGGGCGUUAUCCCCAGUUAUCGCCCUGUCCUACUACUUAGCCUGCCUCGCCGUCAGAGCAUUCAGCUGGCAGCCUGCUCGCAGCGGAGGUAACGGUAAGGAGGUAAGCGGGGUCAGUGUUGGGGUCGGAGCGUGCACCGGGAUAGGAGCAGAAAAGCAUCGCCGGCUGGGCGGGGACUGGGCGGUGAUUUGGUCGUUCGACUUGAAGAGCGGCGGGGGCGGGGGACACGAGGAGGACACGUCUCGGCGAAAUCAUAGCGCUACUAGUACGAUGCUCAUAGACUCGAAGAGCAAGAUGAUAUUCAACGACUAUAACCCCGAAAAGCGGACGUGCCAGUAUAAGCCCUGUAGCGCGAUCGGGAAACACAAGGCGUGCGGGGAGUGCAAACGGUUACUCAGGUCGGACAGGACAGGACGGUAUAGUCCGGCCUGUCAACGCCUUGACUGGAAAGUUCAUAAACAGAUUUGCGGGAAGGUGCACUCUCCCAUGGUCGAUGCUUCCGUAUGGCGCGAGGAGUACGAAUGGGUUUUCCGCUGGGCCGCGACGCACGCUCUCCAAGCCCACUGGAACCGCACCAUAAUCCGGACCCACAUCCUCCUCGUCCACGUCCUACACGACGACCGCCUCCUCGGAACCGGCACUCCCUCCCACUUCGAAGUCUCCAAGGUCGAAGUCCUAUCGCACGAACAGGCCAAAAGACGCAUGAACGGUGCGUUCAAAAACGACCCGCGAGAUCUCGCGAGAUGUAUCGAGAUCCAGAACGAGGGCGGGUUGGGCAUGGCGUUGGUUCUGUUUUGUUUUCCUCCGCCGUUGAUCGUGGGCGAUAAAGGACGGUGGAUUUAUUUUCAUGAGAGGUACGAGAUGAUAGAGAGGAGAGAUGGGAGGUGUGCGAGGUUGGAGGGUGGAAUUAGGGAGGUGGAGGAGGGUGUGAAGGGGUUUAUCAACGGAAUACCGUUGGAAUCGGUGAAGGACGGGGAGAGGUCAGCGGCUAUUACGAAGACUUCGACGAUAGAUCAUUCGAAGACUCCGGGUUUGAGAAAAUGGCAGAGCAAGAAGAAAGCACGUCAGUCUGAGCAGGAAGACGAGGAGGUGAUGGAGGUUGAGGUUCCCGUGCAAAUUGAGGAGGUCGAGUGAUUCUUGGUCGCGGAGGUAGGCAGGUUUAAAUUGGAUGGUUCAAAAGCUUGUAUGGUCUUGCUUUGUGGUGGAUUUUCAGUCUCGGUAUUUCAACAUAAACAUGCAUAGUUGUGUGAGGGCAUGAUCGGGUAUAAGAGUACAUAGACGAAACAUAGCUGAGGAAUGUUGAC